GUCAGUAUCACUGUCAUGUCACUACUGUCAAUUUUCAAUUGAAUGUCAUUUUCACAAACGUUUGCGAGCAAGAACGCUUUGCCACUUACAAUGUCGGAGUCGGAAGCUGCCGAAGUUGUUGAUCAAGAAACCAAACAUGAACACAGUCCUAGGAAACGCAUACGCCAUCGUAAGAAACAGUUGUACGAGAACAUAUUAAAGCAAAUGGAGUUCUACUUUAGUGACGCUAACUUAACAAAGGAUAGAUUCUUAGGAGACCUCGUGAAAAAAGAUCCUUACGUGCCUCUAGAAUUGUUUCUGAAGUUCAACAAAGUUCGUUCGUUGACGCAGGAUGUUAACGACAUAGCAAAAGCUAUGAAGAACUCCACGCUUUUGGAUUUGUCAGAAGAUAGACUGAAGGUAAAGAGAAAGACUGCUGUAUUACCAUAUGAUGCUGACUCCAGGACCGUGUAUGUGGAAUCUAUACCAGUGACUGCUAGCCGGGAGUGGCUGGAGCGAGUAUUCUCCGACUACGGCCAUGUGGCUUACAUAUCUCUUCCUAAGUUUAAGAACUCACAGAAAAUUAAGGGUUUUGCAUUCAUAGAAUUCAACCGACCAGAGGACGCUCAGAAAUGUAUAAACACAUUCACCAAAAUGGGCUGCAAGUUACCAACCUGCAUGCCACCAGAAGACCUAUCUUCGAUAAAGAUGUUCUCAGUAGAUGAACCAAAUGAGGACAUCCCAGAGAAGAAGAUUGAAGAAGAAUAUGAACCCCCUAAGAAGAAGAAAAAGAAGGAUAAGAAGACUCCACAGAAAGGUUUAGAGUUGAAGCUGGGAAGUGAGUCUGAUAGUGAGAAGAGAGUUGACACUCCUACAGAAGAAACCAAAAGCAUAGCCAGUGUGACAACACCAACAGAAGAAAACAAACUAUUAGACCUAGAAUCUAAGGAUGAACUAACCAGCCAUGAUGAAGGUAAAGAAACUGGCGACAGCGACACACCAAGAAAGAAGAAAAGUCGGAAACGCACCGCAAAAGAACGCAGCAAAGCUAAAAAUAACUUGAGCAAGAAUGAAGCACCAAGAGGAGCUUUGUGGGGCUUACAAGUGUUAUCAAAGUCAGAAUGGAAAGCUCUUAGGAACAAGUAUUUAAAUCUUCAAAGGAAGUAUAUGAAGGAGAUGAAAAUGAACAUACACAAUAAGAAACAUCAGUACUCUAGUAUACCGGCGCCAGCCGCGCCGUCUGUGGAAGUUGAACCAGGACUGCCUUCAGGCCAAGCAGAUGCUCCCAAAGGAAUAGCCUCCAUAGAGAAAGUACCGGGUCUAUUUGUGAAAGAAAUUCUACCUGAGCCUUGCUUAGAUGUCAGGCUCACUAAAAGGACUAUUAGGAGCAAUAUUCACGCCUUACACGUUGAUGUAAAAGAGGGGCAGACAGAAGCGAUUAUAAGAUUCGAUACCCCUAAAGCAGCUGAAGAGUACUGCGCCAACACAGCGAACCACGCCCGCAUACUAUCAGGUCCUGAAGAGCAGGAGCAGUGGUCCCGCGCCGAGAGCGCCAUCGCGCACCGGCGGCCGCGCGGCCGCUGCCGGCUGCUGGCGCUCGGCGAGUCACGAGACGCUGCGCAUGCACUGGCACCCGCCUCGCCUCAACCCACGCAUACGCAUAUACGAUUUGAAGAUGAAUAGAUCGAUUUUUUAUGAAGAAAACUCCAAAUGUCAGUCCCGGAUAAACUAAUGUAGCAAUUGCGACAGGUUCAUUGAGCUGAAGAAGCCAUGUGCAGAAAGAAACUUGAAUUAUUUAAAGAAAAAAGUAUUUUUCUUUUUAGAAUUUUUGGGGUUCAAUCGGCACCGACAUACAAAGAUUAGGUACUAUUGGACCGAUUGGACGUAUCUUUGAGAGUUACUAGAUUUUUGACAUCAAAAUUUUCGGCAUCACAGUUGAUAAAUGCCAGGUUACAUCAAAUGUUCUAGGGUACUUGCUUUAUGUUAAUUUCAGCAUUGAUAUGCUGAGUGUCUAAUUUCCAAUUACAUUAGUUUAAGAGUUGUGUUGAAGUCAUCAUCCUCCGAGCCUUUUCCCAAUCAUGUUGGGGUUGGGGUCGGCAUUAGUUUAAGAGUUGUGUUGAAGUGAAGUAUCCAAAAAUGUGUAUAAUAAAAAUGUAUUUUUAUGAAC